GAUAAAUUGACAGAAAUCUGGUGGAAAGCAGUUAUCCAAUCGAAAGCUUCGUUACAACUUAAUUUUUGAUAUUGACAAUUUUGAUUGGAUAAGAACGUCCCAGCUGAUCAAUGUAAGGUCGGUGUUUAUUUUAAUCUGAGUGUACCGAGUGUACCUGGCAUGCGCUUGCAUGCCAGAGGGGCAGCACCAGAGAGCAGCACGUUGUUGAAUGUAAAAUACAAAGGCAGUGGCCUGGAAUUGUUUUCAGACAAAAAUUGUUGCAUUGUGUGCACCAUAUUUCCAUGUGAUAUAAUUCUUGUGCAUAAUGUAGAAAAAAAUAACGUGUGUUAAAUCGAGCAUUCGUAGCAAUGAAAGUUUGUAUAUUUCCUUCUUGUGUGAAAUCAGAGGAACGAACGCCAGAAAAAUCAUUUUUCAAAGAACCAGAUGAAAGAAGUUUGCCAAAGGGAUGUGACCGGCAGGUUAAAAUUGCCAGCAAUUCCUCCCAAAAUGCCCUUGAGAGUGAAGAUAAUUCCAGCUUCAAGAAAGACUUGGAUAAUUACAUGACAGGGGAGCAAACAAACACAACGCCACUUCUCAGUAAGGACUCUGUCGCGCAUAAUUUCCUAGGUUCAAAACAGGAGAUUAAUUCCCAGCAGUGUCUGGAUAUUCAGGAAGAGGCUGCAAUGGAAUCCAAUUCCCAGGCUCUCCUUAAAGAUAGAGUUAAUGUCAACAUACUUAAGAAGCCCUGUGGUAGUUACAGUCAAAAAAAGGAUAAACAACGUGCAGCCUCCUUCAGCUGCCUGCUUUGCCAGAGCUUUUUUUCAAGUCAGGACUCUCUUGCAGCACAUUUCAGCAAGUGUAUCAAACAUCUGGAAUUCGCACAUGGAUCUUCAUCAGGACCUGCAGCUACUUACAAGGAACCAGAUGGUUUGGGGAAGGACCCUUCCAAGGAUGUUCUUCAUGAGAAGGUGAUAGAGGAUGAGUCCUGGCUAGUCACAUCACUUCCCCAAGGCUAUGAGUGUGUGGAUGCGAUGUUUGUAGUUGAAGCUGAAGGUACUUGCAUGCUCCAGCAACAGAUACCUGUUGAGUCCGAGGAGGAACAACUUGAGGACCUAGACGAGCAGAAGGAAAAUGUUCUUGCUCCAGAUAGAGGAGUUUCACCUUUAGAACAGGAUAUGCUGCCUCCUUGGCCUCUGAGUCUGCUGGCUGGUGCUUUGGAAGCAGAGGAGGAGAAGGAGAUGAUGGAGCAGAAACUGGUGCUGGAGCCACGCUUUAUGCAGAAUGCCUUUAUGUACAUGAAAGGGCGGCCAUCAGAUGAUUUUGUUGAAACAGAGGAGGAACCUCCAGAGGUAAGGUUGCUUGCCAUUGAGAAAUAUAGUAGUAGUCAUUAAAGAAUAGUGACUAAAUUCACUACUUUAUUUUGGGUGCUUUGAAGUGAUGAGCGGCCGCAUAAGAUGCAGAAGUGAAUGGUGUGAGUUCAACAGUCAGUGUGUGAUGUGUGUUUUAAACAUAUUUUGGCACUAAAAGGGAGAUUUGAAGAGGCAAUAUUAUGAUUAGUGUAAGCAAGAAUUUGAAGUCCUUGAAGAUAACCAUUAUUUUGGCUGAGUGUGAUACACCAAAGUCACAGCCAAGAUUGAACUAAGAAUCACUGACCCAGUAAAUUUUGUAAUCAAGAAAGUAGUGGAGGGUGUGUGUUUUCAUGUGAGACUGGAGACUGUUGAACAGACCGAAGGGGGGGGAGGUGUUUUGGUUUCUAAUGGGCUUUCCACAUUGUGAUCAGUAAUAUUUAUACAAGUUUCCACAGAAAGCCAGUGUUAACAAGAAAAUGAAGUUACCUAGAAGUAUGCCAAGUUGGUGUCAAUUUUGAAAUUUUCUUUUCCCUAUUAUUUAUAGUCAGUACCUUCUUUCAAGUUUAGUACUUGCAUAUUUGUUGAUUUGUUUUUUUAAGGUAUCUAGUUGAAUUUUGUUUUGUAGGAUAUUGUUUCUGGGAUCUAAAUAUGCUGGAAGUGUAUUACCGUCUCCUACGGCUGUGAGGUAGAUUUCUCCGGCUGUGAGGUAGAUGUUAAAUGAGCUGACCUCCAAGAUAAAGUACUGAUCAUAUGAUCAUUUGUAAAUUAGGCGACUUACUGUUGAUUUUAGAGGGAGAAUGAUGAAAAUAAAAACCUGGUGAUCAACCAUUAAUUUUGAUUCUGAUAGUGGCAAAUUUUGGUUGGAAAGCUAAAAAUUAAAACACCACUUUUACAAAUAAGAAGUUAAUGUAUAUAAAGUUUUCUACUGUAUCUAAAAAGACGAGAAUUCUCAAAAGAUGUGAUGAAUAUUAAUAGUUGGUGGUGGUAGCUGAGAGCUAUGAGAUUAGUUUUCAUAUAAGAUAUAAUACUUCUAAAGAAAUGUGACAACACUUUUUGUGAAGAAUGUUUGACAGAUUUAUUUGUUAUAUCAUUAGUGUUUCAGUUUUGCAAAAACAUAAAUCACACAACUGAUGUAUAUGUCCGCUUGAUAUAACAUUUCUUGGAACUUUUGUCAAGUGUCAAACAGGGAUUUGAAACGUGUGUCCUUGAUGUGUUCCAUCAUUACAUAUAGGUAAUGGACUGACUACACUCUUGAGCUGAUGUUAGAUGCAUGAAUUGCAUAGAGUAGAAGACAACCAAAACCUGUUGUGGGAUCCUUCUUAUUCUUGUUUUCACCACAAAACUAAAAUUUUGUUUUUGAUAAGGUACCCAGAAAAUUUGUUUUGUUUCUAAAGGUUUGGAAUAAUCUAUUUUUUGACAGUCAGUGCAGUUGUACUAGUGUUAAUUUUACUUGUUCAUAACAGGUAAGGUGAUAAGCAGGUAGACAAAAAUUAGACUCAUAGGUGCCUAAAAACUAAGAAAUUGCCUUCAUACUCAUUAUUUUUUUAAGGAUUAUAUGGCAAUAAAUGUACUUUUGUAAACAUUAUUUAACAGUGUACUUGUUAAAAGGACCUACAGAUGACAAUAAAUUUUGCACAAUAUUGAAUUUAUAUCUGCUCUUCAAAUCAAAACUGCUCAACCUUCUGCUUCCUAGUAACAUACACUUGUGUGCAAACAAAAUAAAAUUCUGAGUCUGAAUAAUCAAUUUUAUUGUUUAAAACAUAAUAUAUAAAUAAAACAAAAUACAUAUUACAAAGGCUUUUCAAGUAAUAUAAAUAACAAAUCUUUGUUUUGUGUCAUUCAUGAAGGUAUAAAUUGCAAAAGCACCCAAUACAAUAUCCAUCUACUGAUUUACCCAAAUAUAACUCGAGGUUUGAAAAAUGCAAGGUCAUCUAUUCGCAGAUGAAACCUAGUUGGUUAGGGUUUUUUCAACAUUAUCAUUACUUAUCACAAAACUCGUAAAUGUUGAUGUAACAAUGCGUGGCAAAAACUGUAAAACUGUCAAGCUAUCUACAAUAUGUAAUUAUAUUUGUGGUUGUAUUCUCAACAUCCACCAUGAAUUUGUUGGGCAAUUCAGACAGAUAUUUUUGAAUGGGCCAGUAAAGAGAGAAUUUCAAAUAAAUGGUAUUGUACUAAAUAAAACAUAUUGU